GUGGUGUCCUCGUGUCCUUGUGCUCUACUGCAGGCACAGCUGGAGCUGGUGUACUGGUGGAACCACAGGACUUGGUCUUGGCAGCUGGACCACCCGCUUCAGUCUCUGGAGAGAACGUCUGUGGAUCCUGGCUGACGGAGCCUUAAAAGAAGAGUUCUGGAAUCAAACCAGAAGCUUCGAUCCUCCCAGCUGCUCUGGAAAGACGAGUCAUCCCGUGUGCCUGACAGAACUGGGCUUCAUUUGUAAGAACACCUUUUCUAAGUGAGUACUUCAGUAUUUACGUCAUGUUUCCACCAGCAUCCUGAUGGAUUAUCAGUGAAAUGAACAACAGCUUACGAAUAUGAAUGAUGUGUGGUAAUAAACAUGUUUUCUUCACUGCUGUUCGGCGAAGCCCUGCUGUCGCUCCUGACUCACCCUGCCACUUAUCCUCCAUCAUUGUCAGAGUUAUUUAAAGUACCUGCUGAGUCGUACCUUUCUCUCCGCAUCCUACCUUCUUAUCUGGCUCUGGUGUUUGACGUUGCUUUGCUGUUCCUACUAAAUGACCGGAAGACUGCAGAAUAACUAAAUACGUGGAUUGGGUUCAGAUGACAGAUGUUCCGAUAUUUGGAUAUCUCUCCUCUGAUUGGCUAACAGCAACAAACUCAACCACUGACUCUGCUGUGCAACACAGACGUUUUAUCUCCACAAAUAACACACACCUGGAGACGUUCUGUCAUGAGGUGAAGUUGCUAAUGCUAAUGGUUAGCUUCUACCUGCUGUGAGACGUUGUGUGCUGUUUCCUGGACGCUAAACCAACAACAGUGUUCCUCGUUAUGAGUCAAGACGGGUGAGUCCAUGAAUUUUGUGACAGGGUGACGUAGAUGUGUCAGGAUUUUUUAAUCCUAGAGUUCUAUCAGAAGCUAAUGCAGGGGAUAGGUGUAGGAGACUAUUCUCAUGUUCAGCCUGCAUGAAAAACUCAGAGUCUGAAUGUUUUCAAAAAUAAUCAGUGUGAAGUAAUUUCUCAGUGAAGGACCUUAUAAGGAUAUAGUAAUUUCCUAACCUUGCGCUACAAGAUGAAUUCUCGCGAGAUUUGGAGUUUUCUGAACUCAGGAGAAUCCAUCUUGGACCGCUCCAGUUCAAACCGUCUUUCCUCCGGCCCAAAAUAGGCCGAUCCAAUCACGUGUCAGCGCUGUGCUGUAGGGUGGGAGUUAGUUUUGACGAUAGUAUCAUGCGCCCGGGUGAAAAAAAAAGUAUCAUGCAUUCGGUUAAGCAAAACAAACAUGGCCACUCCGGUUGACGCUCACAUAGAAACGGCUAUUGCAUCAGUGUUAGAGGAACUAAACACACCCUUUAUGCACACAUUCUCGCAACACCGUCAGAAAUCACCCAAAGACAUGGCAAUUGCCACAAGAAUGAAUGAAUGGUGCUUGAGCGAGUUGUUGUAGCUCCAGUAAACGUCAUCUGAGUAGUUACUGUGGUAGCCGGUGCCAGCCAGGCACUACCUUGCGCGUCCUCCAGUCAGCCCAAACCUUUCUACCAGAUGGCCCUCUCUCUUUCAGACGGUUGCUGCAGAGAUUCCCGAUCACAAUGUGUAGACUCGACACGGGGCAGGACUACACAUAGAGAUCUGGCUGCUGCCAGGUUAGCAGAACAAAAACAUGCUCAUUCAUGAAUAUUAACAAGCUCUAAUUGCAUGGUACAUGAUCCUAAAACACAAAUUCCAGAAAAUGUGUGUUCAAACUUUGGCAAACAUUUAGGACUUCUUUAAUAUGUUGAACCUGGUAUUUUGUUUCUGGGGCUCAGCUCGAGAACCUGAACCACCCUGUAAAGCUGCUUCAUCCCGCGGCUGCAAAGCAACAGCCAAGGUCAUCGGAGAGAUAGCAGGGACAUUAGGAAAGGUCAAAUAAGCACAGAACAUUUAGAGGAUGACAGUCAUUUUGUGCUUGGAAACAUUAAAAAGCCCUGGAAGAAAAACAUGUAGCACCAUUUAGAGAGGAAGACGCAUCAGAAAGUAUUUAUUUGAAAAUCUACUAUAAAGAUGACUUUUCAUGAAAAUAAACAUCAUCUUUUGUGGGGUGACAAUUAGUAACAAUGUAAAUGUUCUGGCCAUUUUCCUUUCUACACUAGAGACAUUUGGACCACGGACAAGGUAGUUCACAGCAUGUCCAGCGACCUGGUAACAAUCAUCUAUCUACAGUAGUUAGCCAAUUUUCUUUGCAGCAUUGAUCUACUUUGUUUGACAACACUUACACGUUUUGUUCACCAAUCAGGUGAUGUUCAGAACUCAACUAGGAACCGCCAAGGCUUAAACCUGCCAGGAACUGAAGCCCUGUGGUGACACCAGUGUCUCUGUCCUUAGCAAAACCAGUUUUAUUCAUCACGGACCGGGAAAAGAAGCUCCUGAGUCAAGGCGAGGCUUUCAAACCUCAGAACACUGUCACAACUGUCAGACAAGGUGGUGGCAUCAUGCUAUGGUUCUGCUGAACAAAGCGGAUGGAGUAGCUUCAUAUUCUCCAACUUUACCAGAAACCAUCAACUCAAACUUGGACCCAGUUGGGUUUUCCAACAGAACAUUGGCCCCAAAACACAUCAAGACUGGUUUCUGAUAGGAUAAAGCAGGCUGACCUAAAGCUUCUGGAGUGGACUUCCCAAAGAACCUAAACCCUAUUGAGAAAUAUGCCCAAAAGCCAAGUUCUUUGCAUGAAACCAACCAAUAAAAAGCUGUUAUAGCAAAUCUGCAAACAAGCUACACGGUCCCAGAACGCUCACCCCUUCGCUUGGGUAUCUUCACUGAGGGCUUCUGCCAGAAACCGGAAACCACAUUGCCAGAGGAAACAAGAUAGCGCCAAACACCUGUCUCCAAAGGUGCAAAUGCCUUGUUGUCCGUGACUUGAAAUGGUGAUUUUCUUUUUGGGACUAGUUUGUCCUACAGUGGCAGCGGUAGCAGCCAGCUGUUUCUUCUUCUCUGACAUUACUGAGUGGAGAACCUCUCACACCGGUGGUGUUCUGUUGCUAAAUACAUGAGUGUUUGAUGAAUGGAGGACUCUGGGAGGUGUGGAAGUGCGGAAGUUCGGCAAGACGGACGACCAGAUGGUCCCAUGGUUGCUUUUUAGAAAAAUCCAAGAAAAUCAUGGAGUUUUUUUUUAAAUCUCCAUAAUAUAUUUAAGGCUGUUAAGAGGCAUGAAAAAUAAUUUCCAAACUUGCCGUUGUAGCUUUAACCAACCUCUACCACUUCUGCCUAGAAGGCUGAUCCAGAAUCAGCCAGGUAAAUCUUAAUACAUCAGAAAGGCUAAUGCCUAAAGAAGUCAUGAAAAACGGAACAGUUGACAACAAUGUGAAUUAAGUGGUCGUGACAGACACAUGAACCCGCUCUUUUGUGUUAUCCUGCGUGCUUCUUCUUCUGCCCUCGUCUUCAUCCAUCCUUCCUCGCCGCUUUAAACGGCCUCCUGCAGGCAACCUGCUCGUCCUGACUGAAGAACACACACAAACACACGCUCACACGGCAACACAGCAAUUAUGUGUAGUUCUCUUUGUGUGAGUGUGCACGCAAUUCCAGUUCAAGGCUGCCAUCACAGCAGGCACCAAUCUGUGUGAGCAGUCAAGCAGCAAAUCCAUCAACUGUUCCUCAGGCAACACACACACACACACACACACACACACACACACACACACACACACACACACACUGACAGAUACUGUAUAAAUGCCGUCUCUGCCUCGUGUUUCUUCCAUCAUUACUCAUCUAUUGGAAGUCUCAGCCUUUCCUCCAUCUUUCAAUUCCAAUUAAAUUUUCUCCUCACUUUGCUCUAUUAGCAUUCCAGAUGAAUCAGUAACGACAACGCUUUAAGUUAAGCCUCAUCUGUAAACGUGUGUGUGUGUGUGUGUUUUACGCAGACACUGCUCCACUAAAUCACCGUCGUUCGCCCUCUCAAGGACACAAUAAUUCCGUGUUUAUUUUUAUUUUAAUGACUUUUAUUGUAGAAUAAUUUUUUUUACUGUUAAAUAUAUUUACCCCUAGCUUUUUCUACAAUAAAGACACUUUCUUUUUAAAUAUUAUCUCUAAAGAGCCACGGUGCUGUGAGAUUUAUGCCCCGUGUUUAAUAUCAGAGCUGCCAAAAGGCCUCGCUGAUUACUUUUAUUUCACCGUGGGGAAAAAGAUGGAUGCAACAAAACACGUUCAGGAACAAAGCGGGCUCCUGAAGCGCUGCCUAUCACUAAACACAGCAACAGGAGUGUAACACUGUGAUUAUAACAUUUAGAGGAGCUGGUUUUAAACCACAUUAAAGGGGUAGUUCACAUCUUUUCAAGGUUUUUUGAAAAUAUUUAGUUUGUUUCCAGGGGUGUGACCAAAUGCCUUAAAUAAACGCUUGAGGGGGGCGUUUAUUCAUGCACCUUGUCUUCUGUGAAUUUACAAGGUGAUGAAUGUGGGUUUUACAGGCUGAACUCCUAGUUUGAUGCAGACUUUCAGACACAGCAGCACUUUUAAACUGUUCUCUCUGAUCAUCAGACAUGGAAGUAAAACAGAGCAAACGUGAUAUUUACCGUUAGUAGAUUUCAGUUUGAGUGCAUUUCAAUAGCGACCGACGUGAGUUUUCUCCACAGGGUGGCCGGGCUCUCCCUCAGAGACAGGGCGAGGUGGCUCGGGCAUCUGGUCGGGGUGCCUCCUGGACGCCUCCCUGGUGAGGUUUUCCAGGCACGUCCAAAUGGGAGGAGACCUAAAGGAAGACCCAGGACCUGUUGGAGGGACUACGUCUCUCAGCUGACCAAGGAGCGCCUUAGGGUCCCCCGGAGGAGCUGGCCCCAGUAGCUGGGGAGAGGGAAGUCUGGGCCUCUCGGCUCAGGCUGCUACCGCCGUGACCCGACUCCGGAUAAGCGGCUGAAACUGGAUUGAUCGAUAAAUUUCAAUACUUUUCCAAGACUUCAUAUUUUUUGGUUGUUUUUUAUACACAUUAUAGAAGAUAUUGUUUUUAACUUCUUUUUAAGAUUUUUUAAGACUUAAAAAAAUGAGGCUGAACAAAUUGCACCUGUAACUAAUGAAUGUUUGUGUUUUGUGAUCUAAAUAGAAAUAAAUCUUACAUCAAAGGCUAAAUGGGUCUAAACUGUAAAACUGAUGGUUAUUAUGGUAUGGUAGAAGUCAAUCUGCUAUUGUUACAUGUUUGUUUACAUGAGGAUUAUUAUUUUUUUGGUUGACAAUCUUAUUUUAUAUAGAUGUCCAAAUACAUUUAACACUUAACAAAACCAACGUAAGACUGAAUAAUUUUUGAGUCUCAAUUUUACUUAAAUCAUUUUUUCAACUUUUAAUUCUUACAGUGCCGGCCCGUCCAUAGAAGGUGCUGGGGCGCUACCCUCCCUGACUUAAAGGCAGAAAGAAACCCUAAAAAGUAAAUAAAACUACAAUAACGAUUUAAAUAUUGACUAUAAAUUUGGUAGAUCUGACAAAUUAUGUGGGCUUACAUGCAAUCUGAAUUAUUUUCAAGAGCUGUCUCUAAUUAAACCCUGAAGUUCCUCCACUACACUACACUACACUACACUAGUUACUCUCCAGGGGCACUGGGACAAGGGCCCCUGGACUGCAGCUAGCCAAUCACAUUUAGUUGCUAGGGAGAACUGGAGAAUUUAGGGCCAAUCAGCAUCCGUGAAUUGAAUGGCUGAUUCACCGUACUCAAAUCUUGUGUGCUUGACAAAUAUGUUGUUGGAAGGUACAGCAGAAACUGAGUCUGGGAGGAUGAGGACAGCGUUUUGAACGACGUCAAGGCAACAAGUGCUGCUUUAUGCUAUUGCUAAAGAAAUGAUCCUGACAUUAAUAACAGUUUUUGUUAACAAAAUAACAAUGAAUGUGUAUUAUUUGUAUCAUAGUCGGUCCACUUUCAAUCAAAAUGGAUAAAAUUGGCAUUUUGUGCUGUUAAAUGAAGAAGAAAGUAUAUUUUUCAUCAAAACAGAGCUAUUUAAGGCUGCUUUUAUUUUGAUAGAGGGUUAGCUAAUUAGCAUAUUGUAAUGUCAUGAAAAGUCAGAAAAACAAGCAAACACACACAGCUAAUUUUACAGGUCACACACAUAAAUGACAGCUUUAUAUUUAUCCAUUUAGACUUAAUUAUUUGUAUUUUUGACAGAAAAACCUUACAGUAAUGAGUUUUCUCUCAUUUUUGUUUGGAGCAUAACAGUUUCUGAUGCAGUGCAUUAUGGGAUAUCUUGACAACCCAUCUGCUAAAUGAUGCAUUGAUGCAGGGUUGAUGACGUUUCACAAGUACAGAGCACACGAGGUCAGACACGUAUAUUGAGAAACGGUCGUUGUCAGAUCAGUGUCUGAUAGAAACAUGGGUUUAAUACAAUUUACUCUUCAUCAGAACCCUCAGCAUACGCCAGGACGUCUCUCUGAGGUUUCCAGCUGAUUUGACAACAGGUGAGGUGUCUUUUGGACAGAUUGUUAAACACAGAGUCAGUUUUUACAGAAAAGGCCAGAUGAUGUAAUUGCUGCUGGAACUGACGCAUCCAAGAUUCCUGCGGCGCCCCUUCCUGCCUUUAAAGAAUCUUUAUAUGUAUGUGAACCGAACAUCCAGAGAGCAAAUCAGCAGGGCAGCUUUCUCUCAGAGGAGACUCAUUCAUGCUACUGAUUCAAAUCUGAAGGCGUCGGACUCUGGCACAACCUCGGUUUAGCAUUCUUCGUCUAAGAAGUGGCCGUCUGCUUUAACGUCGUGGUUAGCAGCAGUCGUUGCAUCCAGCCAACUGCUGCAGCUCCAAACGCGCUUACAUUAAAAAGAGCAGCUAUAAAAAUUACUGAGGCUGUGAGACAAAGGCUCUUUUAUCAAAGCAAACUUGGACUUUUUUUCUUGGCUGCUGACUUAUAUUAGUGGUGUAGUGUUCCUACAUGUGAUUAAUAAUACCACUUUACAUGGAUUCUCAGAAAAAUCUCAGAGGAAACAAAACAACUAAAAAACAGGAAUCUGAACAGUUUAAAUGAAUAAAAGCUCAUUUAAAGGUUUGAAAUACUUAGACUCGUGUGAAAAUGUUUAUUAAUUGUGUCCAAAACAUUUAUUUCAGUUCAGUUCAGUUCAGUUCACUUUACUUCAAACAUAUACAUUCACCAACAUUUCAUAAAAUCAUUCCACGCAAUUGUUUGAAAAGGAGUAGGGAGAAGUGUAUACUUAUGUAGCCCUACCCCCUCAGGUUUACAUCCUCAUCAUCAAAAUGUAAACAACAAAACAAUUACAAUGCCUAAAAAAAAACCACAAAAAAAAAAACCAAAAUAAUAACAAUAAUAAUAAAUAAAUAGAAUUCUCAUGUUCAACUAGAACUAUAUUUAGAUUUUCUAAUUUGUAUUUAAAACAAUUAUUGGAAACACUUCCUUUUACAGUCCCCUAAUUACUAAGUACUUGCAUGGUUAGGGUUACUGUCGGCCCAUUGACGAUUCUCAGUCGUGGGGUGGGAUCUAUGGUUGUCUUUCAGCCUAUCCCCACACGGAUAACAAACAAUGUGACGUACUCAACACUUUUGCAUGUUGUCAACAAGGCGGUCCACCAUACUCCAUCAAAGAAGAUGCAAAUACAUCCUUUUUCAAAAUAAACUUCAGUACCUCUAUCUGCUCUUAGGUCAAAGAAAAGUAAAUAAUCCAAAGUUGAUGCAAAAGCCAUUUCAAACGAGCCAUCACCAACAGAGUGCUUUGAUUGGCCCACCAAACCAAUGGAGUGCUGUGAUUGGACCGCUAUGGAUGUCAGUGAACAGGGCAGUCGGCCAUUACAUCGUGGACGAAGUAGGGAAGAAGAUGCAAACACAUCGUUUUUCAAAAUAAUAAAAAUACAAACGCACAGCGUGGAGAUAAGUUUCGCUGUUGCUUCUACCAAACGGACACUAGGGGGUGCUGAAAGCACCUAAUCUCCCUUUAAGAAGAAGAAGAAGAAAAUAUCUUUUCUAUAGCGCCUCUCAAGAUAAAAAUCACGAGGCGCUUCACAAAAACAAAAAAUGUAAAAAUAUCAAAAAUAAUUUAGAAAAUUGUUAAAAAUAUAUUUAAAAUGAGCAAAAAAAUAGACAAUUGUGAUUAAAAAUGUAACGCGAGAGAGAGGUUGAAUAGAUAAGAGGGAAAUCAGUGGAUCCUGAGGAAGGAGAGCAGAAUAAAGAGAGAGAGGUGAAGAAGGUCAUACAAAAGCCAGCUUGAACAGGUGAGUCUUCAGCUGCUUUUUAAAGGAGACCACUGAGUCCACUGAUCUCAGGCUCAGGGGGAGAGAGGUCCAGAGUCUGGGGGCCACAGCAGCAGAUGAUCCGUCACCUUUGACCUUUAGCCUGGUGCUGCACAACCAGUAGACUUUGAUCACUGGACCUCAGGGACCUGCUGGGGGUGUAGGGACUAAGAAGAUCACCAGUGUAAGAUGGUGCUUGUCCAUGUAAGGCCCUAUAGACCAGAACCAGGAUCUUGAAAUGAACCCUGAAGUUGACUGGCAGCCAGUGAAGCUGGAGGAGAAGCGGGGUGAUGUGGGUGUGUUUGGAGGACUUGGUCAGAAGCCGAGCACAGGCGUUCUGAACCACCUGUAGACGGUUCAGGGAGGUUCUGCUCAGACACGUGAAAAGAGAGUUACAGUAGUCUAAGCGUGAGGAGAUGAAGGUGUGGAGAACUGUCUCAAGUUCAGAGCGGGACAGAAUGGGACUCAGCUUAGCAACGUUCCUGAGAUGGAAGAAGGAAGAGCCAACAAGAGAACUGACAUGAGAAUCCAGGGUGAGAGCUGGGUCAAAGGUCACGCCAAAAUUCCUGACAGAAGGUUUGGUGUGGGAAGCAAGCUGACCAAGAGAGUCUCUGACUUUGGGAACCAGCUUGUCUGGGGCACAGAUGAGGAUCUCAGUCUUAUCUUCAUUCAGCUGAAGAAAGCUCCCACCAUCCAGGUUUUGAUAGAGUCUAAGCAGGUGUGUAACAGCUGCAGCUUAGACAUCUCAUGGGGCUUAAAGGAGAUGUACAGUUGGAUGUCAUCUGUGUAAAGAUGGUAGAAGAUUCCUUUGAAGGAGCUCAGGAUAUGCUGAAGAGGAAGCAGAUAGAGGAGGAAGAGCAGAGGCCCCAGCAUAGAACCUUGUGGGACACCAUGGGUAAGAGAGGUGGUGGAGGUCCUAAACUUGGAGACGGCCACAGAAAAGGAGCGCUCAGAGAGAUAAGAGGAGAACCACUCCAGAGCAGUUCUAUUUUGUCUAGUCUUAGCCCUUAAGCUAGCUGCUAUUGGAAGGAUGAUCUCAGCAUCAGCCAAUCAUGAAGAGCUUAAAUGUACGCCUACCAAUGGUGGGCACCCCUGUGGGUAUAUAAGUGGAGCGACUCCACUGUUCGCCUCCGUUAUCUCUUCAAGCCAAGCUUAAGAGCUUCCUAUAAAGAGCAAUUAUCCAAGAAGCAUUAUACUCACCUACCAUGUCCAGCGACGCCAGGACCUGCCCGGCCUGCCAGACGGGUUCCAUCUCCAGCGGCGACCUGCACGCCAAGUGUGAAGUCUGUCUCGGGACUCAUCACGCUGGCCUGGCCUUGACCCCCCAGGCCUCGUGCCCUUUUUGUGCUGCUCUGUCCGUGGCUGAAAAGAUCGAGUCGGGUCGAGUACUUCACCUCCACCACCGCCACCGAGGAAUUUCCGGUGGCUGACACGUACUCGAUGGACAAGGCCUUACAGUUCUUCAACGUCGGCCAGGAGCCGGCUGGCUUCAACCGACUGGAUGAUGCCAUUGACAGUGAGGAGUACGACGAGGCUGGCUGCCAUAGCCCUUCUUCCCUCCUGGACAAGACGGAGGUCGACGAGCCUCGCUCAGCGGGUCCUUCUGCUCCCGUGACUUCUCGCUCCUCCCUGCCAGCAGUUAGAGCACUGUUCCAGGAGCUGCCUGCCAUCAUCUCCGCGGCUGCAGUCCGCAAGGGGCUAGCCGUGCCAGAACCGGCUCCGCCUGAAGCAGAUGAUUUGGCGGGAAUUUUCGGGGCAACACAGACACACUGUCCAGACCCCAUCUGGCCGCGCUUCCCCGCUGCCAUGAGCUGCUGGUCCGCUGCCUUCUCCGAACCUGCUAAGCUCAAGGUGCCAAUUUCCACAUAAGCGCCCAUUACCAAGGUCGAGGGCUUCUCUGACCAAGGCUGGCCAUCCGUAUUUGGCCUCGCUGUUUGGCGCCAAGAACCACCUCGCUGGGCCGCAAGCAGUUCCCGCUUCUAAGCAUGAGCAGCUGCUGACCCGGCUCACUGAUCACGCACACCAGUGCGCCUUCCAGACCGGCGCUGCAGGAAAUAACAUUGCCCUUCUUGCCUUUGGCGUUUCCAAAAUGGUGGAAGAGCUUGACGCUCCUGACGAGUCAAAAACCAUCAUUUCUAAAACUGCUGAUGCCAUUCUCAAUCAGUGCGCUGCUGUACUCACCGGUUCUGUUCGCACUGCUGCCUGGCAGACCCUUAUCCAGCGGGCCUUGUGGCUCAAGGCCCUGCCCUCCAUUCCUGAUCACCUGCACAGGGAGAUGCUGGAAGGCCCCAUCACCUCUGACGUUCUGUUUUGUCCCCAUCUUAGGAGCGUCAUCAAGAGGGCUCUGAAGACAGCUGAACUGUCAGCCACGUGCGAGACCUGGUCCACCCUCGGUCAGCCUCGCACUCCGGCCGUUCCUCCAGAGGAUGGGACGAAUAGCGCGGAAACUUCAGGCGCCCAGCUGCACCCCCCAUGGAGGCCUUCUCCAGGCGGAUGGGAUAAUCAAACAUCCUCCAGAAAUAGGCCAACGGCUGUGGGUUUGGUCGCUGAGCGGUCACGCUUAGAGGUUUCUGGGCUGCCGCAUGAUGUGGUCGCCACGAUUCAGAGUGCGCAGGCGCCUUCUACCGUCACAUCUUAUGCUGCUAAAUGGGCAGCUUUCCAGAACUGGUGCACAGAGCGGAAUGUUCAAGCGCUCUCCUGCCAGCUGGCGGAUGUCCUAUCGUUUCUGCAGAUACUGAUGGACAGGGGCCUCGCAUUCAGCACUGUUAAGACAUAUGCUGCAGCUAUCUCAUCCUGUCACCAGGGUUUUGGAGAUAGAUCUGUUAUCAAUCAUCCCCUCACAAAACGUUUUCUAAAAGGUGUCAGAAGGAACAGACCUGUGUCCCGCCCGCUAUUCCCCCAGUGGGACCUAACGGUGGUUCUGCGCGGCUGAUCUGAAGCCCCAUUUGAACCCUUGGACCAGGUCUCACUCAAGUUUCUGUCACUCAAAUUCCUGUCACUCAAAACUGCCUUGCUGCUGGCGCUGGCAUCAGUCAAGAGGGUGAGCGACUUAACCGCCCUCUCAGUGGCUCCCGCAUGCCUCAGGAUCCGGGAGGAUGGCGGGUCUGCUGUUUUAUGCCCCAACCCAGUCUUUGUGCCCAAAAGCAUUAAUACUUCCUUCAAAUCCAGAUCAAUUUCAUUGGCUGGACUUUUUC